ACAUCCCUAAAAGUCAACCUACACCUCUGUUUGUGUGUGUUUGUGUUUAUGACCAAGUCAACCUACAGAAGGAGAAAUUAACAGGCGUAUCCGCUCAAAAUAAAAGCACUCAUUGUAAAUGGGCAUAAUUAAGCAAGCUGAAUUUAAAGAGGGGGCAUGAAUAGCAAAAUAUCUGAUGAGUGAUUUACGUGAUAUCAUUUUAAAUUACGUAAAAAAAAUCGAUAAAAGCAUAAUAAAGACGUCCGUGUCGUAGAAAAGAAAACUGAACACGGUUUCAUGCUAGUUAGCUAACCAGCUAGCCUUAUCUGGACAUUUUGUGCCUCGGCUACACGUUGGCUAGCUUGACAUUGUGUGUGUGUGUGCGCUGUCUUUUCUGUAACAAACUUUAUCGAUUCCGGACUACAUCAAAACUUCUGUGAUUUGGGGGCUCAGUACUUCCGCUGACAGCAGAAGACAUUAAAGUGCAGCAGAAAUCACUAAGCAGCUGGAUACCCACUGACACAUAGUGUGAAGGAUGUCUUCACCACUAUACUACAAUCAAGACAGUGUAACUCGCUUCAAAAAGAGAAAAGCCCGCUUUUCUUUUAGUGAGGUCCACAUACUGCUGGAUGAAGUGAGGAAACAUCAAAUGGUUGUUGUUGGUAAAUUCAACCGUGGUGUGCCAGCAGAUGUAAAAAAGCGCACAUGGGCAGAGAUCACUGCACGUGUCAAUGAGAUUGGUGAGUGCCAACGUGAAGUCAUGGAGGUCAUCAAGAAAUGGGCUGAUCUUAAAUGUGACACAAAGCGAAAAGUAGCUGCCAUGCGGGCAGGGACUGUACCAAACAGAGGCCUGAACUCACGUCUUUCAAGAGACCUUAAUCCAACAGAAAAAAUAGUGCUUCAGAUAUUGGAGAUGGAUAAGGAGGAUCACAACAUUAAUGACUUUGGUCCCCUUGGUGAUGAUGAUGAUGUGGCAGAGGAGGAAGAGGAAAUGGAAGAGGACGACAUGAUGGGGAUGCAGAAUUCUCCCAACGGCGGGUUUGAUGUGGAGUCUAUGCCCCCACCUCCUCCUUAUCCCUCUGGUGGACUGGCACAGUCAGGAGACUCAUCGCAGGCCUCUCUUGAUGUGCCGUAUGAUAUACCACCUGCAGAAGACACUGAAGCUCCAUUUGGAGACUCAGACGAGGAGCAAAGAGAGGAAGCGCUGCCCUCCAAGCACCCGGCGAAACCAGCAGACGAUCACCAAGGAAACAACGGCAUCCAGAAACAACCUCAAAUACCUCCAGUACCUUCAACCUCAACGGCCUCACUUCCAGCGCCCGGUCAGCCCCCACAGAACUUGAGGGAAAGCAUGUUACAGAGUGCAUCGCUAAGCCUUCAGGAGCAACACGCCACCAACAUUCUGCUGGAGACGGUUUCACGAUCUCUCGAGCUGUUGUCGGAGUCGGUACAACAGCUGGCAGAGACUCAGCAGGAGUUUAUACGAGAGUCACUGCAGCUCCAACGAGAGACAGUUCAGGUUCUUAGAGACUUCACGGGUGGAGCCAUCGCACUCAUGCAUGACAAACUGAACGGCCGGCCAGCGUUAUAGCAGUGGAGCGGGACAGGUAGUUGGUCAUUUUAAACACUGACUUCAUACGCGGCCUUCAGGUGCAGGAACCGUCUUGUUCCUUUGGACUCCACAGCCAGUUACUGUACUUUUUGAUAGUCCCCCUAUUUUCUGUGGUUCAAUUUGAAACUGUAUUUGUAGUAAUGUUGUAUAGUUGGAAUUGGUAUAUGUAACUAAUUGAAAACGGUAAAGUUCUUUUGGCCAUAAACGAGGAACAUAUGGAGGUUUUAUCCCGCGCUACUGAAAAUGAGUCAUACCAGCUUGUAUUUCAAACAUUUUCAGGAACACACCUUAUUCAACACUUUUAUAUACGGUAAUUGUUGCGUCUUUAAUUUAUAAAGUCAGAUCUGCGUUUCCUUGUACGCAGCUUCCCUUGCAUCAGUGUUCAGAGAUUAUCACAUGUACUGUAAUGGUGAGUGAAUUUCCACAACUGGCCAUUAUAUGGUCACUAUGUCUGAAUUAGGGAUGCAACAGUACUUGGGGAAAACUGUACCAUUCAGUCCGCCCUGCAUGGGACAAUCCGCCCUUAUGGACCACAGGUUUUCGGUUUUGCAAUUGAUUUCUCUCUCUCUGAGUCUGUCUGUGUCACUCGCUCAAAAUGCAUGUGAGUACGCAGCGUGGGGUCGCCCCACCCCUCUGUAAGAGACAGUGGACAGAGAAGCGGCUUUAGACUCAACACACAUCAGAGUCCUGCAUGGGUCCACCACUUUUCCAAAACCGGUACCCACAUACAUUACACCCCUGACCUGACCCGUGAUUGAACACAUUGUCUACACAGUAACUCACUUUUAAGUUCUCGUAGGUAACCGAUCCAGUGCAGGACUCUGACACACAAACAACACAAUGACUUACUAUUACAAGGAAACGCAUACGGUAGAUAACCGUGGCAUUUUUAUACCACCAUUUUCUUUUACAUCCCAAUGCACAACAGGAAUUUAUUUAUAAAAAAAAAAAGCUCUCUUUGAGCCUUAUGUGUGCACGUGCCAGUUUAUUCGACUGUAUAGAAGUAGUGAAUAAGAAAGGGUUGUAUUGCUCAGUACAGAAAGUGUUAUUUUAUUCACUAUAGUGAUAUAAUUUGUUCCCACUGUAAAAUUCAGGUUUUGCUGACAAGCAAAAUAAAAAAUAUAAUUUUGGGAGAAAAAAACCUGUUCUCUUUAUGCACGAAACGCGUACCAAAACCACGGCCCAAAAACUGAGGUAUGGACCGAACUGUGGGCUACCUGUACCGUUGCACCCCUAGUCUGAAAGCAAAUCAAGGUUUUAGAUUCUCUGCAAAUGCCUGCAACUGAAAACUUUAUUAUGGACUCAUUUUAUCAUUGAUAUGAUUAAGCAAUUUCCAGUCAUUUCUUUUAAACAUGUAAUAAAUAAGUUAUGUGUUUAAACAGAACAUCUGCUGCCUCCUAACUUUGGAUGUAUUUCUUGGUGAAUAACCAAGAGGUUCAGGUGUGUAUUCAGGAGAUUAACUUUUCUACACCAAUCUGCUUUUGUGUGUAAUUGUGAAUGUGUUGUCAUGUUGGGAUUAGUCUUUAACUACUCUACACACGGCAGUAAAGAAUACUUUUUAAAUAACUCCUAAUGGUUAAUUCUGCCCUUUUUUUUGUAUCAAUGAAGUCUCAACUGUUCUGCCUUAAGUAUGAGAUUUAUGCAGGUACAUUGUGUCAGACUAAGACAUUUUUUUCCUGAAUUCUGAGCAAUUUGCAUCUCUUUUUCUUUAACCUUGCAAAUGAAAGUAUAUUUGGUCAGAGUUGCAGGUGUGUCGAACAUCCACCAGGGUGCGCUCUGAGUUUCCUAAUGCAUAGUAUCAGCAGCUUUUAUUUUCUAAUCCCAAAGAUGUAUUUUAUCUGCCACAUUUCCUUUCACUUUUCAGACAAGUAUCUAAAGUAACUAAUGCAAAGAGCUUUACGUCUGCAUGUCACAGCAGAAAAACUGGCACAAUAGUAAACAUCAUGUAACCAAGAUAGUCACUGUAACCAAAGCAUUACUCUAAACCAUUUCACUACCUUUAGGUGAUGCAAUGGUUUUCUGGUACCUUACAAUU